AUGAUUAACUUGAGUAUCAUUUAUAAUGUGACCGCAUAUGCACAUGAUGCCAAGGGGCUUUACCCCUUAGGGAGCCCUUCCAGAAAUUCUCAAAGGCCUGAGCUGUACUCAGGCCCAAGAGGGGGUUUGGAAAUAGUUUUCAACCAGCAAUAGACGCGCCUCGGUUAGAACCUCACUAGCUGCGUCAUUGCCCCAAGCGCAAAG